GUGAGGGACAGAAGAACCACAUUUCCCAUAAUGCCCCGCGCCGCCGAUAAGGACAGUACAAGACGCCUCUUCCGGACCCGGAAGCGUCGUCGUCGCUGUCAACAAGAGACGUUGUCGUCGACGUUUGUAAAUGAGGCAGCAGGGCGACCCUCGGACGCGCAGCGGUGCCCCCUCCCCCUCAGACUGCCUCCCCCUCCUCAGCCGCCUCAGCGACACCGAAUGUGGAAGUGACACUAACGCCGACCCAGUAAAGCACGAACCGACGGAUCCCUCCAGGAUGAGAUCCCUCGUGAUCUUCUACGCGUGCUACGCGCUGUGCCUGGGCCUGGGCCUGGCCUGCCUGGCGUGCGUGUGCGCGUGGAGCGGCCGCUGGCGCGGCGGCUUCGCCUGGGACGGCUCGGAGCUGCAGUUCAACUGGCACCCCGUCCUGAUGGUCGCCGGCCUGGUGGUGGUGUACGGCAACGGAGCUGUGUUGUACCGCGUCCCGCUGACCUGGGGUCACAACAAACUCCCCUGGAAGCUGCUCCACGCCGCACUGAUGCUCAGCGCCCUGGUCCUGUCCAUCGUGGGACUCUGUGCCGUGUUCGGCUUCCACAACGCCAAAAACAUCGCCAACCUCUACUCCUUGCACAGCUGGAUCGGAAUCGCUGCCACCGCUCUUUUCGCCGCGCAGUGGGCGGUGGGCGCGGCGGGCUUCCUCCUGCCCUGCGCCCCCGGCUCACUGCGCAGGCUCCUGAAACCCGUCCACGCGUGGAUGGGAGCGGGCAUCCUGACGCUCAGCAUCGCCGCCUGCAUCUCCGGAAUCAACGAGAAACUCUUCUUUUCUCUUAAGGGAACGGCGAAUGGAACCCAGCCGUACUCCAGCCUCCCGCCCGAGGCUCUGUUGGGGAACUCUCUAGGCGUUUUGAUAGUGGCCUUCGGAUUGGUUGUCCUGAAGAUUUUGUCCAACCGUGACUGGCAGCGGCCGGACUCCCGGCCCGAGGACGCGUCCUACACGCCGUUGUUUCAGGAAGAAACUUCAUGAAUGAAGGAAAAUGUCUAAAGUGCUCACACCGCAUCAAAACCUGCCCAGACAAGCUCUGUUCCAGCCCAACGCAGAUCUCCGAGACGCAGAAUGUUCUCCUGUAAAAGGGUGAUGAGGUGCCCGGAGUGUGUAACAAUGAUAUGCAGCUCUAUGUAUUUAUUUUGAAAUGAUGUUUAAUGUCGCUUUUUGUUUUUGCUCAAAGAAAAAAUAAAAGUACGUUCACGUUA